GCAGGGCCCCUGCUCCUGGCCUGGCCUGACUUGGCCUCUCUCCUCUGCAGAUUUUCCGCCGUGCGGACAAAAAUGAUGAUGGGAAGCUGUCCUUGGAGGAGUUCCAGCUCUUCUUUGCAGAUGGCGUCCUCAAUGAAAAAGAACUCGAGGAUCUCUUUCACACAAUUGACUCUGACAAUACGAACCAUGUGGAUACCAAGGAGCUGUGUGAUUACUUUGUGGACCACAUGGGGGACUAUGAGGACGUCCUGGCCUCCCUGGAAACAUUGAAUCACUCUGUGCUGAAGGCCAUGGGCUACACCAAGAAGGUGUAUGAGGGCGGGAGCAAUGUGGACCAGUUUGUGACCCGCUUCCUCCUGAAGGAGACAGCCAAUCAGAUCCAGUCUCUGCUGAGCUCCGUGGAGAGUGCAGUAGAGGCCAUUGAGGAGCAGACCAGCCAGAUCCGCCAGAACCACAGCAAACCCGGCCACGGUGCAACAGAGAGCUGGCACGGAAGCCCCACGCCCCCCUACGCCCCCAGCCACAAGCUCGUGGCCACGGACCGAGGGAAGAGCCCUCCAUCUGCCACUGUGGACCCGAAGGAGGAGGGCCUGGAAGCCCAGAUCAGCCGGUUAGCACAGCUGAUCGGGAGGCUGGAGAACAAGACCCUCUGGUUUGACCUGCAGCAACGCCUCUCAGACGACGAAGGCACCAAUAUGCACCUGCAGCUGGUCCGGCAGGAGAUGGCCGUGUGCCCAGAGCAGCUGAGCGACUUCCUGGACGCCCUGCGACAGUACCUGCGGGGCACCGCCUCAGCCAGGAGCUGCUUCCACAUCGCGGCCGUGAGGCUGGUGGACGGUGUCACCUUCGUCGUGUAUGAGUUCUGGGAGACGGAGGAGGAGUGGAAGAGGCACCUGCAAAGCCCCGUGUGCAAGGCCUUCCGGCAUGUCAAGGUGGACACGCUGAGCCAGCCCGAGGCCCUGUCCUGGAUCUCUGUGCCAGCUGCCUGGUGCACCGUGGGCCAAGACUGACCCCCCAGGGUCCUGGGAGAAGCCUGCCACCCUGCCCCCUUUUGUAGAACUUUGGUACAGAAGCCACCUUUCUGUCUACUAAACCAGGAUGUACCGCCCCUGCUGUCGGAAGUGAUGGAGGACCCCUUCCCUGUACUCUCCCCCACCCCACCCACCGAGGAGCGUGGCCUCUGCCCUGCGGUAUCCCCCUGAAGCCGUGGUUGUUAGUGACAGGAAGGCUUCUUGGAGCCAGCACCCACCUCUCCUGUUACUCCUGGCCUGCAAUCCCCUGCCCCCAGACCUGGCGAUGCAUGCCCAGUCCCUGCAGUCCCCAGCCUGCCUGGCUGAGGCCCAGCAGGCCAGCCCUCUUCUCAUUAGCAACGUGGCCCUGACCUGGGACCACUUCUCCUGGUUCCCGACGUGGACGUUCCUCUACCUGGUAGGAGCCCUGACCCUGUAGUGCCGGCCUGGGCCGAGCCCCCGGCAGCCGUAGCAUACCCACAUAGCCGGGGCCUAUAGGCAGCCACCACUGGGCACAGGCACCAGUAAACGCUGGUUGGGAGCCGGUGCGUGCUGUUUCUGUGUUCUGGUGGAGAGCGGCCAGGGAGUGCGUCUCUGAGGGCCGUGGCGCCCAGGGCAGCGUCCACCCCGGGGGCCCGCCCAAGCUCCCGUCGGCCUCUCUGUGCCCAUCUGUGGAAUGGGGACGUGAUAGGUCAGCAGGGCUGGAGUUGCAGCAAACACGCUCAGGCCUGUGGCAAAGUUCAGGGGCCCCAGGACCACGCUCAGGCUCAGGUCAUGAAUCACAGCAGGGGUGGUCUCCAGCCAGACCAGCAGAGGGAGUGGCCCGGGGGGGGGGGGGGGGGGGCC